GCGUUGUCGGUCGGACCACCUACUUACUCAACGGUACCAGGGUUUCCCGUCGCGGAACUAACCCUCAUAACCGGCCGUGGAAAGCAAAAGCUAUCUCGGCGCCGUUUUCAAAGUCAGGAAAGUGUGCGUGCAUUGGACUUCACAAACAAAACAAAAAAUUUGUUGCAUCAAAAUUAAUCCACAUAUCAUCAUGGCUUCAAUUGCACGCUGCCUGAGGGCUGCCAGGCCUGCAGGAGUUUCAAUCCUCGCCAAGACCCCGCGACCGGCGCCGGCCGUCGGCAAAAUGAAUGUGGUUCGGCCGUUUUCGGUCACUGCCAUAAACCCGAUCCGCAAGUACACCAAAGACCACGAAUGGAUUGACCUCAGCGCCGACAAGAAGACUGGCGUCAUCGGUAUCUCUGAGUAUGCGGCCGAAGCCCUGGGCGACGUCGUAUACGUCGAGCUGCCCGACAUAGGCAAGGAUAUUUCCAAGGGCGAUGCCAUUGGCGCCGUCGAGUCUGUCAAGUCGGCUGCCGACAUCAACUCCCCCAUCUCGUGCAAAGUCACACAGGUCAACAACGUUCUCGAGGAGGCGCCCGGCACCAUCAACAAGGUCCCCGAGGAUGAUUCCCACGGCGGUGGCUGGAUUGCCAAGGUCGAGGUUGGCGAGCAGGGCGUCAAGGAGCUGGAUGAGCUUAUGGAUGCCGAGGCCUACAAGGCUUUCACUGCUGCCGAGGGCGACCACUAAAUCUGUGUACUGCACAGGUGAUUGUCAGACAGGGUCAAAAAUGCGCACGCUGAAACGGGCCAUGCAGCGGCUUGUUUAAGGAUCAUCAUCCGCAGUACUGCAUUUUGCUUCAUGGAGCUGCCGGAAUCAGCACUGAAGUGCAAUAUACGUGGGUUGUAUGUAGCAUUACGGGGAAGGGGGUUGAAAAUCUAGACCGAGUCCUUUGCUCGCCGUUGCCAUAAAGCUUGCUUUUGUCUCCUGUCUAAAGCCCUAGAGACCAUCCCGUCUCUUGGUGUG